CUUCAUAUUUUUUUGGACCCUUCCUGUUCUUCUUCUUUUUUCCUCCCCUCUUCAAAGAACUUAGUCUAUAAGUCUUUUAAUUUCUAGUAGAACUUCAUGCAUGUACUUUUAGAGUGGAAAAAUUAUUACUCCACAGUGUUUCAAUACUUAUAUAUUUAACUAUAGGAAUAUUUAUUUUUUAGCCAAGAUAUUUUCUUGAUGGCGUCUUCAAUGAACAACUGGCUUGGAUUUUCACUUUCACCACAUGAGGAAGUACUCACAUCACAACAAAGUUCACAUCAAGAAAUAUCUGGAGAAUGUUUUGAUCUUACUUCUCAUCAUGAUGACUCCUCAGUAGUACUUCCUUCUCUUAAUGUUGUUCCUCAUGAUACCCCUUUUGGUAUUUUUGAAGCUUUCAACAGAAAUCAUCAUCAAUCACAAGAUUGGAACUCUCAUGAUACUAACUACAAGACCACAUCUGAGAUGUCUAUGCUAAUGGGUGGUUCAUACAAUAGUCAACAUAUUGAAAAUAAUCAAGAGCCACCAAAGCUAGAGAACUUUCUUGGUAUUGGUGAACAAAAGCUUCAACAAGUCUGCAAUAACAAUAAAAAUAACAACAACGGAGACUAUGGUAUUUAUUGUAGCACCACUAGCAAUAUUAGUGAAAAUAACACUAAUAAUAUUAUAGGGCUUUCAAUGAUCAAGAAUUGGUUGAGAAAUAACCCUAACACCACUACCACCACCCCAUCAUCACAAGAUGAUAAGAAAGAAGGGGAUGUUGUGGGGGUGGGAAUGGUAGGUGGUGGAGGCAAUAAUGCACAAUCCUUGUCACUUUCUAUGAGUACUGGUGGCGGUGGUGGAGAGAAUAGUUGUUCGUCUGAAAAUAACAAACAAGAGAUUGUGAAUGGGAAUAAUAGUACUAUUGAAGGACAAAUAAGUGGUGCAAUAGAAGCAGUGCCAAGGAAAUCUAUUGAUACUUUUGGCCAAAGAACUUCUAUCUACCGUGGUGUUACAAGGCAUAGGUGGACGGGGAGAUAUGAGGCACAUUUGUGGGAUAAUAGUUGUAGGAGAGAGGGACAAACUCGCAAAGGAAGGCAAGUUUAUUUGGGAGGAUAUGAUAAGGAAGAAAAAGCAGCUCGUGCUUAUGAUUUAGCUGCACUUAAGUACUGGGGUCCGACAACUACCACGAAUUUCCCAAUUAGCAAUUAUGAGAAAGAGCUUGAGGAGAUGAAGCAUAUGACUCGACAGGAAUAUGUUGCAUCUUUACGAAGGAAGAGCAGUGGUUUCUCUCGUGGUGCAUCUAUUUACCGAGGUGUUACAAGGCACCAUCAGCAUGGAAGAUGGCAAGCAAGAAUUGGAAGAGUUGCUGGAAACAAGGAUCUAUAUCUUGGCACUUUCAGCACACAAGAAGAAGCUGCAGAGGCUUAUGACAUUGCAGCAAUCAAAUUCCGUGGACUCAAUGCAGUAACUAACUUUGAGAUCAACCGAUACGACGUAAAAAGCAUACUAGAGAGUAGCACGUUACCCAUUGGAGGAGCAGCUAAACGUCUCAAAGACGCUGAGCAAGCUGAAAUCGCUCUGGAUUAUCAAAGAACGAGCCAAGAAAAUAUCGGUACACAUCUCAUGAAUGGUUCAAUUGUUAGCUAUGGGGCGAGCCACUGCUGGCCUAACAUCGCUCUUCAACAAGCUCAACCGUUAAGCGCUAUGCAUAGUUACCCUUAUAGCCAACAAAGGUUAUGGUGCAAGGAAGAAGUACAAGAUUCUUCUGAUCAUAAUAUGACUACUCAAAAUUUUCAAGAUUUUAGUCAUCAAUUUCAACAUGGGAAUAUUGCUCACAAUUUCUUGCAGCCUAGUUCAGCUUUGCACAAUCUAAUGGGCUUGGAUAAUUCUUCUUCAAUGGAACACAAUAAUGUUACAUACCAUCAAGGAGUUGGAUAUGCAAGUAAUAGUCAUGGUGGUGGUGGAUUUGUGUUGCCACAAUUGAGUUCAAUUAUGGCUCAUCAAGAAAGCAAUCAACAAAGCCAAGCAAAUGGAUAUGGAGAGAAUGAAGUGAAGCAAUUACAACUUGGUAAUGAGAACUUAUUUGGUUACUAUCAUUCCCAACAAUCAACAUCUAACGGCUCGGCCAAGGCUGGUCUGUAUGAUCAUCAGGAUCCCGCUUGCAAUAAUUGGAUGUCAACAGCUGUUCCUGUGGCUCUCACGUCGAGGAAUAGCACCAUGGCUGUUUGCCAUGGUGCUGCCCCCACUUUCACUGUGUGGAAUGACACAUAGACCUCUCAUCACAAGGCCACAUGGACUAGGGGGAAUUCUAGCUAGCUAGCAAGGGAAUGUAUACAUAACUAAUCUCCAAUCUUUCUUUUUUGUUCUCAAUUUUUUUUCUUUUUGCUAAAAAAUCAACUCAAGAAAACUAGAGGGUUCUUUUUUUUCUUUUUCUUUUUGGUUGCUUUAAUGCAAAUGCUAAUUUUGUUAAUAGGACCUGAAGGCUGAAGUUCAUGAAUAGUCUCUCCUUGGCUAUAAUUUUGGGAACUUCAUUCUUACAGAUCCUCGGAAAGUAAAUGCUUUGUAAUUUUGGAUUAACAUAGUACAAUGCAGAUAAUGGGAAUUUUCCAAUUAUUGUGUUAGUAUAUUUACUAUGUACAUAGUGUAU